GUUAUUUUAGGAAGCGAGGCAUACAUGCAGUUGUGCUGUUAGCCUUGUUUAAGGCUAGACAAGCAAGCGUGGGGUAGAUUGGACCAGCGAGACAGCACUGGAUCCUGUCCAGAGUUGAUGCUUGAAGUUCCAUAAGCUGAAAGGCUUCACUUUCUUUUUUCGUCAUGGCACAACGUCUAGUCAGGGUGAUCAACCUAGGACGAAUGGGAUUCAUCCCCGCCUACGACAUCCAAACCCACUAUGCUCGCCGACACCUAGAAUACCUUACGCACAAAUUUGGAAAUCCGGCCGAGGAUGUCCUGCUCUUGGUCGAACACAACCCUGUGUACACAAUCGGUAUUCGACGCGACAAAUACACAGAGGAGGACGGAGUCCGGCUUAGAAAAUUAGGGGCAGAAUUUUACAAUACUAACCGUGGAGGUCUCAUAACAUUCCACGGCCCAGGCCAGCUUGUGGCCUAUCCGAUACUUAACCUGCAGAACUUCCAGCCAAGCCUUAAGUGGUAUGUGAAAGCACUGGAAGAAACGAUGACAGGAACCUGCCAGGAAUAUGGACUGGAUGCUACAACAACGGAACAUACUGGGGUAUGGGUCAAUGAUAGAAAGAUAGGAGCCAUAGGUGUCCAUGCCAGCCGUUUCGUCACAACACACGGAAUCUCCCUGAACUGUAUCACAGACCUGGAUUGGUUUCAACAUAUUGUGCCUUGUGGGAUUGAAGGCAAAUCAGUUACCUCCCUUAGCAAGGAACUCUCUAAGAACAUUACCUCUUAUGAUGCUGUGAAACCGCUUCUGCUGAACUUUGAGAAAGCAUUUGAGUGCGAAUGUGAAUAUUCCUUGCUGGAAGAUCAGGACAAGGAAGUUUUACACAUUGUCAAAGAACACGGCAUCGCGGUGGAUAACAGUCAAUGAAGUACCGGACUUCUGAUCUCUUUUUAAGCUCACAGUUACUGUGGUUACAUGAAAUGGUGGAACGCAACAUAUAAGGAAGGAGGUGGAGUUCGUGACAUGGGGUUGACUUAUGUUUUUGUUAAUUUUAUUUUCCUGUUUUGCCGUUUCCUUUGUAUUGAGAAUGUAUUAUAUUUCAAUAAGGGUUUUUAUUGGGAAAUUUCAGAUUGCCUCAGAGGUUUUACAAUAAGGGAAUGACGCCAUUUCAUAUCAUCCUUUUUUUUUCCUAGGGAGGGGACAUGGAAAUGCUAUCCAUGCAUCAGUCCUUCGGGAAUUUUAAAUUGAGGUUUGCUGUCAAGUGGUAGAGUGACGUCUGCAUUGAAGAACCAGCUUUUUUUAGGCAUCUGAGAAUUGAUGGGGCUCAUUGACUAAAAACUAGUCUUUACAACUGCCAUAUCUGUCUGUAACAUGUGAUUUUGAAUAGUUUUCAACCAAUUACAUGUAGGUUCAUACCUGCCCAGUGGCUUGAGGUCAGCAAACAGAUAGUUGGGAUUUGUCAUGGGUGGCCAUUAUGGAAUCCCCGGCUAUCUCACUAUUCUGUUUAAGCAGUAGUGCAUUAUAAAAGUGGCAAUAACACAUUGGCAGAUGAAGUUACUGUCGCCUGAGCUUGUUUUUGUUCAUUUUCGGUGUUGACACAUUGUGAAAGAAACAGGGAGGUAAUAAAUGCAGUGUACAGUGUUAGCAUGUCAACGUUUUGUAUUACCAGCCAAAAAACCAUUGUCUACCAUCAUUGCAGUCAGUCAUCAUUGUACAAAGUGCCUAAUGCACUGACCAAUAUACAGUACUGCAAAAAUUAUACAACCGGCCCAAAUCUAGCUCAUAGCUAUCCUACGUGUAUCGCAAUAUCUGCUUUCGCAGGAAUGUGGGAUUUUUUUUUUUCUCUGUGAAAACAGUGGUUAAGGUUUUUUUUUACUUCAUACUGUACUAGAGGCUAGAUGAUAACUGGCUUUAUCCUUGUAGUUACAUGUAUCCUGGAAAAUGGUAGUUACAUGUAUCCUGGAAAAUGAAGACGACAGGUGCAUAUAUAUGUUGUUAAUAACUGUUUUUUUAAUAUGUCAGACCCAUCUUAAUUACCUCCCCUGUACAAUGGAGUAUGGUACACAGAUCAGCCCAUAACAGUAUUCCAUGAAACUGACCUUAUUUACUUAUGUGUGUGCGAAAA